AUAAAGCCCUUCUGCCAUGGCUGCCACUGGAGAGCAGCAGCCUUGGCUCUGCACUACCCUAUGGCCAUGGGCCUCAACAAGGACCACAAGGUGACCAAGAGCAUGAGCAAGCCCAGGCACAGCCACCACAGCGGGCGUCUGACCAAAUACACUGAGUUUGUGUGGGACAUGAUCUCAGAGCUGUGUGGCUUUGCCUCAUACAAGCAGGGCGCCAUGGAGUUACUGAAGGUGUCCAAGGACAAACGGACCCUCAAGUUCAUCAAGGAAAGGGUGGGGAUGCACAUCUGUACCAAGAGGAAGCGGAAGGAGCUGAACAAUGUUCUGGCUGCCAUGAGGAAAGCCACUGCCAGGAAAGACUAA